CGUUAUUGCGACUGGCGAGGGCUGCGUUUCGAUAUUUACUGUAAGUACUGAGGGUGCUUUCCGAUAUUCACUGCCAGUACUGACAGUGCUGUGAGUACGUUCCAAAAUACACUGCAGUAAACUUUCGAUGAGCCCGUGAGAACGUGUGACGUCAUAGAUUUUGUCGUCACUUCCUGUUUUCGUUACUGCGGCUGGCGAGGUAAGGCAUUCGCAGUAGAAAGAUGGCUGCGCUCGAAAAGAUGGAGGAAAUUUGUUUGGUAGAUGCUGUUACCAACGAAAAUUUUACAUUAAUUGUAAACAGGAAGGAUGCAACUAGAGCACGAAACGAUUUAACCUUUGCUACGCAGUUAUUACAGCAUGCAAGACAGUCAAGAAAUAUAUGUACUUCGCAGCAAGCAAGUACCAGUAGCAUUCAGCAGACAUCAACAGCUAGUCUAGAUACAGCAGUAGAAUGUGCAGAAGGCACACAUGCAUGGACAAAACAAGAAACUCUCUUACUUUUGGGCUUAUAUCGCGAACAUCAAGAAAAAUUUGUUGGUGAAAAGGGUACGGUAAAAAAGCAUUGGGAUACUAUCUCCCAUCUCAUGCAAGAGAAAGGACAUUAUAUAAGUGGUUUCAAGUGUUCUACAAAACUGCAAGCUUUGAAACAUACAUAUAAAUCUAUUAUGGAUCAUAACAAUAAAACUGGGAAUAACAGGAAGGAUUGGGAAUAUUUACAGAUAAUGCAAGAAUUAUUUGAUGAGAAACCCUGGAUGCAACCUAUGGCAGUAGCAGGAUCACAUUUAAACGAAAACGAAAAUGCUAUUGAUUUAGAUGGAGACAAAGAAAAUCUAGAAAAAGUGUCAGUCACCAAAAAGACAAAAGUGCGGACAUUACUAAAUGAUUAUAUAUCAUUCAGUAUGGAAGAACGCGUUAAGCGACAAGAAAUUCGGACAAAACAGCAUGAAGAGAAAUUACUCGCCUUUAAAAAAAUCGAAAAUAUAUUAGAGAGACUGACAGAGAAAGAAGAUAAGUCGGAAAAGUAGAAGUCAUAUUAGACUAAGAAUAUUUUCUUAAAAUGUUUUUUUUCUUUAAUUUUUUAUAAAAUGUUCCUUGUAAGAAUAGUAGAAGUCAUAUUAGACUAAGGAUAUAUUCUUAAAAUGUUUUUUUUUUAAUUUCUUAUAAAAUGUAUCUAAUAAGAGUAAAUACUUUACUAUUAAGACUUUACUAUUCAGAAAUAGCAGUCGAAUAAGCACACAACACACCGGAUCGAUGUCUUCUAAACGCUUUUAAAUAUCUAAAAGACAUAGAUCCGAUAUCUAUUCGACUUGCCAUUUAUAGUUUGAUAAUUUAUCAAAA